GUCUGAUAGCUUGAAUUAUUAUAUAUAACUUUUUAACUCUCUACUAGGUAGGCAUAUUCCUGCCUAGUUUCGCCCAAAAUAACAGCUUGAUAAGUUUCCUCUUUCUUAUUGUGCACCUAGGUAGGUGUUAUACCUCAUUCAGGGGUUAUUGCUGGGUUAAUGAGGACCCCGCCCUGCACUAGAUGCUCACCAACAACCCUUCGCAGUUAACCAACACCGCCUAUUGACCUCUAAAAAAUAUACCUAGGACGUCAUUUCCAGGGCUGGGCGCUUGGUAAUACACCUAUUUUCUAAAUUUGCAACUCAUAUAGAACCUCAAAAUGCCUACCAUUCCAGACGCGUGGUACGAAGAAAAGGUCCGAGAGGAAAUUGCAACUCAAGAACAGAGCAACGCUAUGAAAUCCUUCCUUGCUGGUAAUAUAUCAGCCGACGAAGCAGCGAAGAUCCUUACGAAAGAUGCAAAUCAGGCAGCUCUCGAAGAUACGACCUCUUCUGAAAAGCUCAUCGACGAACUAUGCAACCUCUGGGGGUUUCUUAUCGAUUUUAUUCUAGAGUGGCCGAUUCUUGAAACUGUCGAUAUUUUGCAUGCUAUCAGUCAGCUUCCCCACGUCGACCGCACCGGAAAAGAUGCUUUGGGGGCUUUCUGUGAUGACAAUGGCGUAGUCGGAGAACCGAAGUUAUGGGAAGAUCUUCCUAAGUUUUGGAACUCGCUUAGUGAUACGUGGGAUUGUAAGUUGCACAGGGUAGAAGGCUUUCUGCUUGCGCGCUAAUGAUCUUACAGCUGAAGCGGCCUGGAGAGCUGAAAGGGUUAAAUCGAAUCCGGAAACAAGAGAUAGUCCAUCGUGGACUAAUAUCAACUUCUUUGCUGCGUUCGCUUUUCGAAUGGAAGGACGAUACGAACUCAUGCCACUCUUGGGGUACUGGGGAUGUCAUGUUAUUAAAGAGGCGGCAGCAGCUAAAGCUGAAACAUUCGAAGCCGAUCUUCUCGCCGCCGAGGCAUGGAUAGAUAUAGCUCCCGAUGAAUUGUAUGAUCACUACUAUAGGGAUUUUGAAGGGCAGUUCUCUGAUAAGGAAUGGCAUUCCUGGGCUGCAUUUUUCAUGAAGACAUCUCGUGAGGGUAAGUUGUCGGGGAGAGCAAGUAGAGCGGCAGCAAAUGUGGCUACGGGGAUGUGGGGAGUGUUUGAUCGAAUAGCGGGGUGUACCUUUAAUACAGAUGGCU